ACUCUCCUUCACUCUCUAUUUACCUAUCCUUUGAACUUGAGCCAUCAUAUACCUUGGUAAAUAUUUUCCCAAUUUCUCAUGUCUAUUUAUACCGAAUCAACAUCAUUCAUGUCAUUCUCAACCCUGUCUUUGCCCGACCCUCUUAUACUGCUCUCCGGGAGGAUUUGCAUGUACAGUACCUUCACCGCCUCGUCAACAGAUAUCGUUCCUGAUAUCUAUUUAAAUACAUUUCUUUCGCUUCACUUGGGUUUUAAUUCUCAUUUCAUAUUUCGUGAAUUCGAUCUGAAUUUCUGGUCAAUUUAUAUCAAGAUGACGAGUAACAAUCCAACAAUCGUGGUGGCGCCCGUGCAACCCCAGACAGUAGUGGUUCAUCAAAACACCAGGGAACCCAAUGCUUGUCGGGCUGCCAUACCCUCCAUGCACAUCGCCCUAUCCGUUACAUGUUUGAUUAUAAAUAUCAUUUUCCCUGGAAUAGGAACUAUUGUGGCUGGUUUCGCGGUCUUCUGCUGCGCUAACCCUGGCCAGAGUGAUGGGGGUAAGGUGGGUACCUUCUGCUUGAACUUCUGGGUUGGGAUCCUUCAAUUGGCCCUCGCUUUGUUCCUCGUCGGAUGGAUAUGGGCUAUCAUCUGGGGUACUAUCAUGGUUGCUAUGUCAGCUGAGUACCACAACCCUGGGACACUCACAACAGUGACCCAGGGCAAUGCCGUAGUCACCACGUCCACUGUGAUCAACACACAGCAACCACAACAGGUGCAAGUCGUCCAACCACAGCAACCAGGCUACAACCAACCCCCACAACAAGGCUACAACCCUCAAAUGCAACCACAAGGUUACGGUCAACCGAGCGGGCAAACGCAGCCACCAUACGGCGCACCGCCUACUUACAACAUUGAGGAAAAACGUUAAAAA